GAGGAGGGGCCGCCCACGGAGAGAGCAAGUCGGCUCUCCAGGGCGAGCACCUCCUGGCGGCCAUCCCGGGCGGAGAGCGGGGCGAGGCCCGAGGCGACGGCCCAGAUCCCUCCGCAGCCGGCGGCCGCGCGUGCCUCGCUCCCAUGGCGACCCGAACCGGACCGCCCGCGCCGGGCUCUCCCGGGUCCCACCAAUCAGAAAGGGAGCGUCUCGCCGAGCGAGCCAAUCAGAAGCGAGAUCCGCCCGCUGCCAGCAUUAUUUUCGCUGGCAAGCCCAGAUCUCACCAGGAGGAAGAUCUGGUUUCCAGAGAGAGGAAAAUGAAUGAGCUGCAGGCUUUGCUGAACAACAGCCUUAUCAGAACGAAGCACGUGGAAAAUGCAGCCCUCAUCAACAUAAAUGAAAGAAAAGUCUGUGCAUCAACCUUUGGCUUUAAUGUGCCCGAAGAGAACGCUUUAAACCUUAUCUAUGCUUUCUACAAGAACUUAAUGCAAGUGAGGAAGGAAGGGCUCUACUUCAAGGAGAAGUACUACAAAUGUGUCCGAGCAGAUGAGCAUUCCAUCUAUCUUCAAAACCCAGAUGGAGGCUUGAUAGUUGUGAAGACAAAGACUUUCAUCCUGGUUGCUACUUACAGAGCAGGCAUGUAUCCCAGUGUGUGUGUAGAAGCUGUGGAGAAAUUAGAGAAAAUGUUGGCAGUGUAUUUUGAUUGUCCAGGAGGUCCAGAGAAUCUCUAUGUGAAAGAAGUGAUGAAACCACAUCCAGGAGAAGGAGAAGUGCUCGUGAAGGUCUCUGCCAGCGCUCUGAAUAGGGCUGAUUUACUUCAGAGGAGAGGGAAGUAUCCUCCCCCCAAAGGAGCAAGUGAGAUUUUAGGCUUAGAAGCAGCUGGAAUUGUGGCUGGGCUUGGACCUGGUUGCAAGGGCCAGUGGAAGAUUGGCGAUGCAGUAAUGGCUCUGCUCUCCGGGGGCGGCCAGGCAGAAUAUGUUACAGUACCCGAAGGCUAUCUGAUGCCCAUUCCAGACAAUAUGACUUUUAUUCAGGCUGCAGCCAUUCCCAAAGCCUGGCUAACAGCCUUUCAGUUGCUGCAUUUUGUAGGUAAAAUACAGAAGGGUGAGACAGUGUUGAUCCACGCUGGCGCUAGUGGAGUUGGUAUAGCAGCCAUUCAGCUGGUAAGACUGGCGAAAGCUAUUCCCAUUGUAACAGCAGGAACUGAAGAGAAACUCAAAGUAACAGCAAACCAUGGAGCAGCUGCGGGGUUCAACUACAAGACAGAAGAUUUUAGUGAAAAGGUCUUGGCAUUCACCCAAGGUUCUGGAGUAGACAUUAUUUUAGAUUGUGUUGGUGGCUCAUACUGGGAGAAGAAUCUCGACUGUCUGAGUACUGAUGGCCGGUGGAUUAUAUAUGGACUACUGAGUGGAGGUGAAAUACAUGGAGAUUUGUUUGCAAGGCUGCUUUCCAAAAGAGGGAGCAUCCAUACAAGUCUAUUAAGAUCACGAGAAGAAGAGUAUAAGGAGCAGCUGGUGAAAGCCUUCACGGAGAGCGUGCUGCCACAUUUCUCCGGAGGGGCCUGCCCCUGUCUCCAGCCGCUUGUGGACAGCAUUUACCCUCUGGGCAAGAUUGUGGAGGCACACAGGUUAAUGGAAGAAAACAAGAAUAUCGGCAAAGUUAUCAUCGAAAUGCCUCCUUCGUCCUAGCGGAAGGCCUGCUGCUGUAGUUGCUCCACGCGCAGGUUUGCUACGGAUGUUGCACAAACGGGGCGGCCGCCGUUCCGGCUCCCGGGUUUGGGGCGACCCGUCACGGAAGGAGCACAGAAAUGAGGAAAAAGCCAAAAAGCUCCUGCAGAGCCCUGCUAAUAAAAACACACAAGCUGAA